AGGACCAGUGGCGCCGAGAAAAAAUCCGCAAUGUCCACGUCGGAAAAAUAUAUUAUGUAAAUUAAGAAAAAGUUGUUGACCAGCAUAAGCACAACAUGUAGAAGUAGCCAUACCCAUAUUCUUUUUGAAUUCAAUCGUCGAAGAAAAAGAAACAACAUCACCACGCCAUGCCUUCUGAUUGCGUUGUUGCUCCCCCGUCUUUGUUGCUCUCCGCCGAGCGGGGCAGCGUCGUGACGGAUCUGGCCCUGCAUCCUGCCGAAAGCAACCUCCUCGCGACCGCGUAUGCCGAGGGAAAAGUGGCGGUCACUCUGGCGCCGCGGAACCACGCUGGAAGGGAUUCUUCCGCAGCGGGAAUAGGGGUGCAAUGGAAGGCACACGAAGAUUAUGGGAGAGAAGUGCACAAGACCUCGGGCGGCUUUUUCUCUCUUCCUCAUAACAUAAAUUACGAUAUAAUUUCUAUGAUCUGCGAAAAGAAAUAAAGCACCACACCAUUUCGGGCAAGCGAAAUGCUUCUCCACCUGCACGAUUUUAAGUUAUAAAUCCACACACAACUGCGAGGCUGGUGCUGUUUGAUAUUGAUUCCAGAAGAAGACGAUCGCCUCUCGUCAUGCAGGCAGAAGUGAAACGAACGAAAGAAUGAAUCGAAAAGUUGGUUAGUAGUUUUGCCAUUAAUUUACAAGUUUCGGUUCGAAUCUUUAUCUUGUGCUCGAACGGUAAAAUGGAUUAUGCACUCCCUCCAUACGGGCAACGCAUGGGACAAUCCGGUUCGGUGCUGCUGGCACGACGCCGUAGCGGCUACGGGAGCAACUUCGUUAGGAACAACUGCAUCGGCGGACUUUUUUGGUCAAGAACAUCAGAGCAGCGCGCCGCUGCUCGUUACGACGGGCGGCGGUGCGGUAAAGGCGUGGUCGCUGGGAAAGGUACUGGACAGGCUACGGCGAUAUGAUGCGGGCGGUCGCCGGGAGAUCGGGCGGCGCGGCAUGGGAGUCGAAGAGCUUUCUUCCACCAGAACUAGCAGUGCUGUGCACCGGAACUACCCUCCCCGCUGCGCGUCCACAAUUUCGCUGCGACCCGUGUGGAGUGUGAGACUGGCACAGCAGGAGUCCGCUCCUGGUCGCCAGGAUCCUGUGGCCGGAACUACCCUGGGAGCGGGUGGUGCAUCAAGAUUUUCCGCAGGUGGUACUAACAAGUUGCACCAACGAUUUCGCUCGCUGUACUGCACCUCGCUUGCGGCCGGUUCCGAAUCGGUAGCUGUGGGAGACAGCUGGGGCCGGGUGUCGGUUAUCGACAUCGCCCGAGGGUUAUCAAAUGCAAGAAAUAUGUCUGGGUCUGGAACAUGGCAACUGGUCAUGCCAGAUCUGGAUCAUGCGAAAAAUCUGUGUUGCAGGAUUACCAAAAGCUGGCCACUUUUGACCAAGUUGACAUGGGGUUUCUCAUGCAGAAUAGGCAUGACAGAGCCAGAGGUCUCAUAGGAUCUGUCAUGCGAGGUGGUAGGUUCUGCAUUCUAGACCUCAUGCGUCAUGUACCAACUGCAUGACAAGUUUGCGUCUUUCCAGACCCAGACAUAUUUGCAAUGCAUAAGCGUGUCGCCUCGCGGUGUUCGACGCGCACGUGCAACCCGUCUCCGGGAUCGCGUUUUGCCCCGAGGAAAGUGGGACGACGACCACAAGCGCCACCACCGAUAUCAAGUGCAAACAUGUCUGGGUCCCAUGCUAAGUGCAAACAUGUCUGGACACUUGUCAUGCUAAGUAAUACAUGAAUGACACAAUGACUAGAGUACGCAGCCAAGCAUGACAGAUUUUUGAGCGGUCUUGUGGUGCGUAACACUCAUGAGCAACUGCGCUUUUUCAUCAUGACACAGAAACAUCACUGCUAUUCCGCAACACACAUAUACAGAGUUUGGGAGUACUAUGCGAGUCCAGCAUUACAAAUCUCGCAAAAAUCUUGUUCCAGACACAGUCGUAUUUGCACUUGGUAGCCGAACUACAGAUGGCGCAAUUUUUUGGCCCGCUGGAGAGGCUAGCGACCGUGGGGUUUGACGGGAAGGUCAGAAUAUGGAGGUAAGACAACUUCGCAUUUUUUCCUUUGCCAUCAGGAACAUUCAGAUAGUAUAGUACUCACAUCUGCGAAGAAAAACGCCUCGGUCAACAUACCCACAUAGUACUACCGCAUUUCUCGUGCUGAUUGAAAAAAAACCUUUUCUUCUUCCAGGCCAACCGGCGUGGUAGCAGCACCGGGCGGCUUUGCGGGUGCUCCGUCCGUUUCCGGUCUGCAACAAGGUAUCCAAUAUAGACAUCGGUCUGGGUAGAAGUGUUCUGAAAAAAGACUGCAAGACUUGUUGAUGUAAUGAUGACCUGGCGCCAUCGCCAAUGCCAUGCGACUGCGUGUGGUCUUUUUCUUUUUCGCAGGACAACUUUGAUCUUCAGAACGUCCCAAGAAUCAUGUCAUGUCAGUUUGCAAUGCAUACAAGGAAUAAAGUUUGAGCCGCAACACCAGCUGGCGUAUGUGCAGGAACUUGUGGAUGACAACGAGAACGAUCCCAUGAGCACAGCUGCAAAAACCUCCCCCUCCCAAGUUGUAGGCAGCAACUCCCAGCAAAGUCGGCACCAUCGCACGCUGCUCGCUGUGGCGUGGCACCGGUUUGGGGCGGAUGACUGUGUUAUCAAAUGUAAAAAUGUCUGGGUCUGGCAUGGUUAGAACUUGUGAUGCAAACUCUGGAGGACACAAAAAUUUGUGUUGCAUGAGCGCCAAAAGCUGUCCAUUUCUUGGCACACAAGUAGGAAGUUUCUCAUGCGGGACAGGCAUCAUGAGGCGUGCUCAAAACCUGUGAUGCUUUUGCCUGCAUCAUACGCCAUUUGCGUGAUCCGAAAUAUGCAUGACAAAUCUCGCAAUCUUCCAGACCCAGACAUUUUUACAUUUCAUAUGUGUGGCCGUCGGAGGGUACGGCGGAAAACUCCGAUUUCUGGCCUUCAACGCAGAGAAGGGGUGGCAUUUUGUCCAAGACACGGCUCGUCCUGACGAGGGCGCUUUAUUGGAUCAGGAACUACUACACGGAAAAACAACGAAGAUGGAGCAGGAGCAAAAGGGUUUUGCACCAGAGGACCAGACGCUAUCCUGAGUAAGGACGUAGACAUGAGAGGUCUUGGUUGUCACGCAUGACAACUUUCUAAGGGCUGUCUGAUGUAAAUUUCGCAGCAGUGUUGAAAUGCUCCUCAGGAGUGACGUCGAGAAAAAUUCCGAAGUACAUGACAAAGCUAGGGUGCGUAAGUUUUUACUCAGGAUCGCAGGCGCGGGCUCAUCUUCCUAUCUGGAGUCUGGAGUUCGGGGUUUUCGGCGACCUGCGCGUCAGUUAUGCGGCUGGACAACUAUCUCAUUCUCGCUUUCAAGUUCAGGAAUAUAUCUUCUGCAUGACAUCCAACCUAUGACGUCCGGAAUAAAAAACUUGUGGCGUCGCCACUUCUGUUUGAGGUUUUUGCCGGAACUUGUCAUGCAAACUAAAACGUCAGCUAAGUCAAGACUCAAUAGUUGGGGUUGUCCACUUUCAUAUCAGUUUCGGUGAUCGCGGUCAGUUUGCCAUCUUUGAACGGAGCUUGGACGGUGGAUGGGAACAGGUCCGGUCCUCGUCUGGUGGGGCUGCUGGUUUCGGGGGAGGCCUGCAACUCGGGGAGAGUGUCUAAAGAAUCGUGAGCUUCGGUGCUCUCGUUCUCACGUGCCUUGAUAUUGGAGGGAAAAAGGAAACAACUUCUACUAAAAGGAACUCUCUUUUUACCUUGAGGAAGCUCUGAAGAUUCAAUUUCUGACGCUGCAUGACAUCACAUCUCAAUUUCAAGGGCCUGCUGCGGUCUACGUCAAGGUCAGGCUGCUCAUGAU